AUGGCUUCCAGUCCGCGGCACUUGGCGAAUGGCAUCACCUCUAGGGAUCACCAUCAGAAUGAAGCCGCGCCCACUCCAACGCCAGUCACAAAUGGAAAGGUGCCAACGGAUUCCAAAACUCACCUGCCGAAUGGCAAGACCUUUCCAUAUAGAAGCCCUCGAAAGCCCCUCAUCGACAGAUUCAUCGACGAGCCUCGCGCGUUGCGAGUCGCCGUCAUUGGCGGUGGUUUGGCGGGCAUCACAGCCGGCAUCCUGCUCCCGGCCAAGGUGCCCAACAUAAACCUCACAAUAUAUGACAAAAACGCCGACUUUCAGGGCGGCACCUGGCUUGAGAAUGUGUAUCCCGGCGUUCGAUGCGACAUCCCAUCCCACGUGUACCAGUCCACCUUUGCGCCCAAGCUCGACUGGUCGGACCAGUUCUCGACCGGCGCCGAGAUCCUAGCAUACUGGCAGUCGACCGCACGCAAGCACGACGUGUACCAGUACGCCGAGUUUGGGAGCCGCAUCGUCGAGGCCGUCUGGGAUGCCGCCGCCGGCGCGUGGACGCUGCGCGUGCAAGACGUGGCCACGGGCGCCGUCCGGCUCGCCACGGCCGACUUUGUGCUCACCUCGACGGGCCGCUUCAACGCCUGGAAGCUCCCCGCGUACCCGGGCCUGUCCGACUACCGCGGCCUCGUGCGGCACUCGUCCAACUGGGACCCCGCGUUCGACGCCGCCGGCAAGACCGUCGCCGUCAUCGGCAACGGCGCCAGCGGCAUCCAGCUCGUCGCCAGCCUGCAGCCGUCGGCCGCGCGCCUCGACCACUACGCCCGCCAUCCCACCUGGAUCGCCGCGUCCUGGGCCGGCGACGACCGCACCGCCGAGCCGCAGCCGAUCCCGGAGCCGCAAAAGGCGUCCUUCCAGGACGACCCCGCGACGUACCUCGCGUUCCGAAAGCAGCUCGAGGACAAGUACUGGCGCCGCUUCAGCAGCUUCUUCCGCGACUCCGAGUCGAACCAGGACCUCCGCCGCAGCUUCAUCGACAUCAUGAAGAAGCGCCUGGUCAAGAAGCCCGAGCUGCUCGCGCACCUCGUGCCCGACUUCUCGCCCAACUGCCGCCGGCUGACGCCCGGGCCCGGGUACCUCGAGGCCAUCACGCAGGACAACGUCGAGUACAUCACGGCGCCGAUCCGGCGCUUCACCGCGUCGGGCAUCGAGACCGCCGACGGCGUCAUGCGCGACGUCGACGCCGUGUUCUGCGCGACCGGCGCCAACGUCGACCUGGUGCCCGAGUUCCCGAUCCGGGCGCACGGGCAGGACCUGCGCGAGGUGUGGGCCGCCGACGGGGAGCACGGGUUCCCGUACACGUACCUGGGGCUCGCGACGCCGGGGUUUCCGAACCUGCUGUUCGUGCAUGGUCCGCACGGCACGGGUCCGUCCGGGACGGUGCCGCACAGCGUCGAGAACCAGCUGACGUACUUUGCCAAGGUGCUGCGCAAGGUGGCGCGCGAGGGGAUCCGGUCGCUCGCGCCGUCUGCGCGCGCCGCCGACGACUUUGUCGCGUACGCGGAUGACUUUUUUGCCACGACGGUGCUGUCGGACCCGUGCAGCUCGUGGUACAACGGCGACCGGCCGGGUGGCCGCAUCCACGGCGUGUGGCCCGGCAGCGCCGGCCAUGUGACCAUUGUGCGCCGCGAGCCGCGCUGGGAGGACUGGGAGUACGAGUAUUUGGCAGAGUCGGGGAAUCGGUUCUCGUGGUAUUUCGGGAACGGCUGGACGAGGGCCGAGGGCGACGACGACUCGGAUAUGACGCCGUACCUGAAACUGCCGGGGACCGUGGAUCUGAAAGAUAUUCAUGAAAGCUGGUGGGAUAUACCGUAA